AUGCCGGCCGCGACCAUGUUUUCCAAGUUCAAAAGUAGCACCACCAGCGCCCCGCCGCAGAACCCGUACGACAACAAUCCGAUCACGCAGUACUUUGAAAUUGGAAAACAGAUCGCCUGCGCCGGCCCGGAACUGAUCUGGAAGAUCCACGAAGGCUACCGGAAAACGGACGGCAAGGAAUGCUCCAUAUUCGUGUUCGAGAAGCGUACGGCCGAGAAGCUGCACAAGCCGAAACGGAAAGAAACGGUUACGGAAAUUUUGCGUGCGUCCGUAAAGCAGCUAGAGCGGUUUCGGCAUCCGAAGAUACUUCAGAUCAUGCACACCGUGGAGGAAAGCUCGGAAACGCUGUCCUUCGCCACCGAACCCGUCAUCGCCAGCUUGGCCAACAUCCUUGCUUACCAGGAAGCGGGUGGCACAAUUGCCGGACCACCGAGUACGGGAGCUUCCGGCCAGCAUUGUCCGACCGGCGUGCCCCGGCCUGCCCAUGCCAAGGAGUAUUCGUUUCUGGAUAUCGAGCUGAAGUACGGAAUCCUACAGAUUACGGAGGCACUCUCCUUUCUGCACUACUCCGGCCAAGUGAUACACAAAAACGUCUGCCCCUCGUCGAUCCUGAUCACUAAAAAGGGCACCUGGAAGCUGGCCGGGUUCGAGUUUACCGAGCGUACCAACGAAACCGACGCAACCGAUCCCGUUCCGUGCCAACCGUGGUCGACCAGAGCGUCCAAGCUCGUUCAGCCAAAUCUGGACUACAUGGCGCCUGAAAUUCAGAUCAACAGCAGCUGCAGCAUACUGAGCGAUAUGUUCUCGCUCGGUAUGGUCAUCUGUGCCAUCUUCAACCACGGCCGGUCGCUGAUACAGUCCGGGAACUCUCCCUCGACCUACCUGAAGCAGAUGGAAUUGCUGGACGAGGCGGUGCACAACAUCCUGCCGAGGAUACCGAUCCCGCUGCAGGAGGCGACCACGAGGCUGCUGAAGAAAUCACCUGGCGCUCGCCCCACGGCCCAACUGCUGACGCUCAUCAAGUACUUCAGCGAUCCUGCCGUCCAGGCGCUACAGUUCCUCGAUGUCAUCAACAUGAAGGAUCCGACGCAGAAAACGCACUACUACCGUAGCACGCUCAGAGAGGUUCUGCCGUUUAUACCGCGGAAACUCUGGUGGCAGCACAUCUGGCCUAAUCUGCAGCAGGAAAUGCGAGCCGACGAAGUGCUGGCCGCCGUACUGCAGCCCGCCCUCACCCUGGUCCAAGAAUCUUCAAACACGGAAUAUGAAGCAAUCAUUUUACCUACCUUUAAGACUGUUUUUGUAGCUCCAAAAUCUAUACAAGCCACCGUAGCGCUAUUAGAGAACUUACACAUUAUUCUAGAGAAAACACCAAGGGAUGAUAUACGGACCGAAGUUUUGCCCCUAUUAUUCAACGCGCUCGAAAGCACAACGAUACAGGUUCAGAGUGCUGCCCUCGUCGCGGUGACGAACGUGUACGAUUACUUGGAUGAUAUCACGAUCAAGAAGCUGGUGCUACCGAAGCUGAAGUCGGUGUUCGAGAAGAACCAAAGCGAUUUGAAAAUCAUGGGCAACGUGCUGCAGUGCGUCGAGCGGACGCUGGAUAAGCUGGAUAAGUCCCAGAUAAUCGACGAGGUGCUUCCGUUGCUGCUGGAGGUGCGACUCACCGAUCCGGACAUCGUGGUGCGCGUUGUCAACAUCUAUCGAAUCAUGCUAUGCGACAAGAAGUACGGCUUAACCGUCAACAUCAUGGCCACCAAGGUGAUGCCCACGCUGCUGCCGCAGACGGUGAACCCAUCGUUAAAUCUGGAACAGUUCAUGAUCCUUUUAGAGGUGCUCCAAGAAAUGCUGGACCAAAUAGAUAGACAACAACGUAACAAAUUGAAGCUGGACAACCUGUCGCUCCCGUCGCCGGACCGGCACCGGCCGCUGCGGCACCAGUUCUCCUCGGACAACAUGAACGCGCAGCAGUUCAACAUACCGAACCUGCGCAUCGACCAGCGCAAGACCUCGAGCGCCGAGGAUAUGGCCCGGAAGAACUCGACAGGAUCGGGUGCUCUAGGUAGCUGGUGGUUCGGUGGAUCGCCGUCCUCGCCGGACAGCAACUUCCUGCGCGUGGUGAACGCCUUCCCGAACCGGCGUCUGUCCGACAACACGCUCAUGACGCCAAAGAUACGCAUCGCGCCAUCUUGUGCUUCGUCACCGGGUGGCACACCGGGCGGAGGGUUACCGAUAAGACGACAUUCGAGCAUUGGUCCGCAGGAACGACGAGGCUCCAACAUCAAUCUGUCACCACCGACUCAAGCUUUUAGCGCCCGAGGGGGCUCCGGUUCAAGCCUUUCAGUGCCUUCCUCAUCUGCUUACGUAGGAGGCUCGAUGCCGAACACUUCGAGCAGUGUUCCGUUCCUACUGUCGUCGAGCAUGCAAUCGAUACGGAGCCGUCGAACCUCGACCGUGCUCUCGUCCGGGCCCCUCGGUUCCGGUUCCGGACUGCUCCAACAGCUCGGUUCCGGCAUGCGACAGUUGUACGCACUAAUGACCAAAGAUAGAUUCACGCCCAGCGGUACUAGCCCUAGCACACAGCAACAGCCAGCACCCAGACCGCACACACCCCUGUCUGCGUCCGCCACAGCCCUCAACACCUCCACCGGCACCCAGAAGCUUACUAGCGCUGGCCCAGGGGGAACAUCGGCGGCUAACCUAGCUACUGCCAACACUCCCAGCGCCGGUCCCAGCGGUGGUCCCACGUCACUUACGACCGCCCGAUCAACGCUCGCCAGUCCGUCUUCACUGGCCAUCGCGAACCAGUUCGCCAAAUGUCCGUCACCUAGCGGCAGCAGCAGCAACAUCGCCGUGUCUCCGUACGGACCUGGCCACAGGUCGAGCAGCAUUGCCGGACUGGGUGCGGUCGUAGGUGGACCCUCACAAGGGACGGGGGCAGGGUCACGCGUAUCACCACAACCGCCACCCACGUCACUUUCAAUCGGGGGCUCAAAAACACCCACCACCUUCGGUGGGAGCAGUCUUCGCUAG